AUGUAUGACGUUGGACACACAGUAGCGGUACUUUUGGUUGGAAUUUGGGCUACAAAUCGAAAAUUACCUCAAAUUACAGCUUUUGGAGUAAUUAUGAGCUCUUUUUCAAUGUUUCUUCUCGCUCUACCGGUAGCCAUCUUUGGGCCUGUUGCUCACAAAGUAACUCCGAAUAAUGAUUUGGUCAAGUAUCUGGAGGAAAAUGUAUGUUCAGGAAAGCGAUUUGUUGAAGACGGUGAGACAAUGACAAAUUGUAUGUACGAUAAGAUGGAACAUACUGCAGCAUUCAGAAUGCUCUCGUUUGCUCAACUGCUUGCCGGAAUUGCUGCUGCACCUUUCAAUACAAUCGCCUAUGUGUAUAUCGAUGAUAAUCUUAAGGAUAAAAAUAAAUCACCGUUUUACUUAGGAUUGUUAUCGAGCAUGUACGCAUUUGGUCCCGCAUUCGGGUUUCUGUUAAGUGCUGGACUAACAAGAGUUCACACUACAUUGUUCUACCCUCCAGCAAACACAGACAUCAAUAAUGAUGAAUGGGUUGGUGCUUGGUGGUUGGGCUUCCUUAUUUGUGGUAUUCUGUAUUUCAUUUGUUCCAUUCCACUGUUCUUCUUUCCGAAGUCGCUCCUACAUCCCGAUGGUGAUCCAAACUGUAUAGAAAUGCAACGACUUAGAAGUUGCAACAGUUUCAUUGAUUGUUUAGAAAUUCCAUCUUUGGCUUACAACCUCAGUAAAAAUCCAAUUUUUGUGUCAAUGGUAAUUGGAUGGAUGUUUGGCUCCUAUCUGAUUGGCGGUUACAGUUCGUAUCUGCCGAAAUACCUGGAGACUCAGUACAGUAAGAGUGCUUCGGAAUCAGAUAUUUAUGCCGGAAUCAUAUCUAUUGGCAGCGUUGCUGUAAGCACAGCGUUAGGUGGAUAUAUCCUUACGCGCUUCAACUUUUCACCACGUAAAGCAAUGUUGUUCUUGAUUGCAAGUUGGAGUUUUAUUGUGGUUUCAUAUCUUGUCGGUAUGAGUAUUGGCUGUGAUGAGCCAACAAUUCAGGAAUUAGCAGUCAACGAUUUAACUGGCAGGUUAGCAUUUACGGAUGUCCAUGAGUGUAAUUGGAAUUGCGAGUGUCGAAGUGUCAAUCAUUUCAAUCCAGUACACUACGGGAUGCAGAAUUUCUUUUCGCCUUGUCACGCCGGUUGUAAAAGUUAUAAUCGACAAUUGAACGUGUGGAAUGAAUGUUCCUGUGCUAAUAUGGGUGAAGUAGAGAACGGUUUAUAUCUGGCAAAGUGUGAUCAGAUUUAUAUUUAUAUUGGCAUCAUGUUUAUUGGCUUGUUCUUUGGUAACCUGUUCUUUAUGACCACUAUGAUGGUUGUUUUACGCUCAGUGUAUGACUGUCAGAAAGUAUUGGCACUCAGUUUUGCAUCCUGCAUAACAAAUAUUUUUGGAUUUAUCCCAGCUCCUGUAUUCUUUGGCUGGAUAAUUGAUCAUACAUGUCUUCUAUGGCAUGAUCCAAAAUGCUUGCAUGACCGUGGCAAUUGCGUUAUCUAUGACAACAAAAUAUUUCGACAGGCUUUUCAUGCAAUAAAUGCGGGUGUCCAAGUAUUAGCGGUAAUAUCGGUUGCUGUCUGCUAUGUCAUCAGUCGAACCCGAAAGUUUCCAGAAGAGGAGGAAGUGGUCGAUGAUGCUGAUCCAAUGGAACUGUUGCAUCAAGAGCAACAAAAUGAGCAGCAACAUCUAAGUCAAGGUCCAUUAAAUUCUAGCACAUUACAUGAAACCGAUUUUUGA